UUACCCACUAUGAAACUGUUCCUCCUAGUAUUUUUAUUUUUUGCACUCUACUGCAAUGUAUUAGCAUACAAUUACUUAGUUGUCGCCCCAGUAUUUGGAUAUAGUCAUAUGAAAUUUAUGAACAAAGUUGCUGAUACUUUGGCUAAUGGAAAACACAAUGUGACUUUGCUGCAAACCUACAUUUACGAACACUGGGGGAAAAUUCGAAUUGUUAAAAACAAAAAUAUCGAGAUUAUUGACUACCACAACAGUGAAAAUGUGCCAAGUAAUGAGCAAUCUGCCAGUGCGUUCAAAUUUUUUUGGGACAACGAAAUAGUGAAUAACCCUAUAACUGGAGCAAUGGCGCCAAUGUUCAUACUCUACAAUGAAUUCAAGCCGAUGUGUGAUAGAAUUCUAACCGACAAGGAACUGCAUCAGUGGAUUCUGUCAAAUAAAUUCGAUGGAUAUGUGGCGGAAUCAUUUGAUUUUUGCUCGCUUUACCUCGGAGAUCAUCUUAAACUCAAUUUACUGCCAAUGUUCUCCACAAUUAAAAAUGUUCCAGGAUCACAUGCAAUUGGAGAGCCAUCUCUUCUCAAUUAUGCUCCAUCGUUGUAUACAAACUUCGGAUCAGAUCAAACAGUUUGGGAUAGAAUUCAAGAUAUAACUGCAUUCACAUCAUUCCAUUAUGCAUUUUCAAAUCUUUUCGAACGGCAAUACCGGCAAGCAUACGAUCUUCUAAAUGGCGAUGUUAGAACAUGGAGGGAGAUUUUGCAAACUGCUACAUACUUUUUCUAUAAUAAUAAUCCAUAUAUUGGAUUCGCUAUGCCGACUCUCGAAAAGUCUGUAGAAAUUGGAGGUUUUACAAUAGAUCCACCACAUGAUCUGAGUCUCAAUGAAGAAUUUGAUAAACUUCUUGAUCUCCGAAAAUCAACAGUUCUCAUAUCAUUCGGAACUGUUGUUCAAUCUGCUGAUAUGCCAGAAAAUUUUAAGAGCGGUCUUAUCAAAAUGUUUGCAAAAUUACCCGAUACAACGUUCAUCUGGAAGUAUGAAGUGGAAGAUGCGGAAUUUUCAAAAACACUAUCUGAGAAUGUGUUUCUCAAAAAAUGGAUUCCUCAACCUGCACUUUUAGCUGAUCCGAGGUUGAACCUUUUCAUUACUCACGGUGGUCUUGGUAGCACAUUGGAAGUUGCAUACGCUGGGAAACCAUCUUUAAUGAUUCCAAUAUUUGGUGAUCAAAUGCUCAAUGCAAAAAUGUUGAGCCGCCACGGAGGAGCUAUAUCCUACGAUAAAUACGAAUUGGAAAAUUAUGAGAAACUCACAGAAACAGUGAAGGAAGCGAUUUCAAACAAAGAAUAUAACAAGAAGGCAUUGUUAUUGGCUGAGAUUCUUCAUAAUCAACCAAUUGAUCCAAAACAAAACUUGUUAAAGCACGCAGAAUUUACAGCAAAAUUCGGUCGAGUUCAUGCUUUGGAGCCUUACAGUGUUCAUUACAAUUUCAUAAAGUACUACAUGUUGGAUGCGUAUGCAAUUAUUAUUAUUUUCUUUUUAUCAAUCUUGUAUGUAUUGAAUUUGAUAAUCAAGUUUGUGUACCGCAAGAUUUUCAAAUCUAAACGAAAAACCGAAUGAUCUAUUUUCGGAUACUUAUAUUUUAUUGUUUGAGAUAUUUUCUGGUACAUUCUGGAUCUUUGUAAUUAAUAAAAAAUGCUCUAGC